CUGGUCAGAGGAGAACUGGCCCCCCAACUGAGUCUGGUUUCUCCCAAGGGUGAAGUGGUUCAAAGGCCACUUUGAGGCCUCUAAGAACCAUAGAUAGGUCCCAUGUGGGGAUCGUGAAGGGUAGAGGAGGUUUCAGCCUUCUGGACCCCUUCAGAAAAUGAAUAACCAUGUUGUUUUCACCCACAGCUGCAUCAAAGACUUAAAGGUAGAGGGAGUAUGGCCUUAUCCAGUUAGUCUUGGAGGAAGGACAAUAUCUGAGAUCUGUUGAACGGAUGACAAAUCUGUAACAAAAACCCCUGGGAGUGCACCAGGCAGUGAUAACCAACUGUUUAAGGCUAUAGACGCUCCUUGUUGAUGGAGCUCUAUCCUGUAAUAUGACAUUCAUGAUGCUCUCUGGGAGGUCUACUGACUCCCAUUGAAAGGCCAAACAUGGAUCGGCCAAGGCUUGGCUAGCGACAGCUGCUACAGGUCCAAGAGCCAUGGUUGGCUUCUACAAAAAAGGGGCUCCCAAGAGGACCUUGUGGGCAUCCUCCCUAAUUUGUCUGAUUAACUGGGGGAUCAGAGCAAUUCGGGGAAAAGCAUAAAGUCGUGGGCAAGUCAUGGGCCACAGCAUCCUUGACCUUUGAAAAAUACAUUGGGCAAUGAGAAUUGUCUUCGGAGGCGAAAAGGUCAACCUCCGUCCUCCCAAAGACAUCCCAAAUCCUUUGAACAGUUUGGGGAUGGAGCCUCCACUCCUUCAAGGGACAACAUGUCCGCACCAGUGUUCCAAAUGCCCUGCACAUGCGCUGCCCUCAGCGAGAGCAGAUGGUGCUGGGCCCACUCUAGAAGUGAAUAGGGGUUUUGAGGAUAGCCCGCCGAUUUAUGAAGGACACCACUGUCAUGUUGUCAGACCGGACUAGGACUAUGUUCCAUGCCAGGAGUGGUAAGAAAGUGCAUAGAGCUCGACAUACAGCCCUAAUUUCCAGGCGGUUGAUAUGGAGCUUGCUUUCUGUACUCGUCCAGACACCAAAGGUAGGAUGGCCUUCGCACAGGGCUCCCCAGCUCAUCUUGGAAGCUGGCGAUGCUGAGCUCAUGAGACCUAGCAUCUUUUGAAUCCUCUUGAGCGGCAGAGCCAUUCCGGCCGUAAAGGUUCCUCAUAUGGGUCGAGUCAAUAAUUGUCCCCAGGAACAUGAGGGACUGGAGGGAUCUGUGAGACACCAGCUCCACCUCAGACUGGGCCAAAACGAACCAGUCAUCGAGGAUAUUCAGUAUACACAAUCCCCUCUGUCUCAGAGGAGAGAGAACCACAUUUAUGCACUUUGUAAAAGUGCGGGAGGCCAGGGACAGUCCGAAUGGAAUGACCGUGUAUUGAUAUACCACUCCCUCAGAAGCGAAUCUCAAGUAGCGCCUGUGAAGGAGGGUUAUCUGGUUAUGAAAGUAAGCAUCGUUCAAAUUUAAAGAAAAAAAAAACCGUCCCCUGGGCAUAUUUGCGCGAGGAUCUGCUUCAAAGUAAUCAGUCUGAAUGAGUACUUCAUCAGGACCAGGCUCUAAGGUAAGACAAGGCAAUUUGGAGGGUGGUCCAGCGGCGGCGUGGCUUAGCCUCCCCCUCCUCCUGACCGGUGCAUCAGGCUAACUUCUGAGGCGUCCAGCACUAUCUUGGUCCGGGGUCCUUGCUGCUUCGGAAGGGGGUCUCUUUUUCACUUAAAAAAUGUGGUGCUUACUUGCCGAUGAUUAAUCAGAUGAAAAUAUAAAUACAAAACCUUACAUGAAAAAAGAAGUUGACUAAGAUUGAAUCCAGUAUUUGGUGAUAAUGUAGGAUGAGAAGUGAUUUUUAAGCAAAUUAUGAUGCCGGAUAACUUUUGACCAGAAAUACCAAAAGUGUGCCAUUUUGUACAAAAUAAAAGUGUGUGAUUUCCACAAUAAUGUGAUAAACAGUCAACAUUUUCAUCAGUUUGUAUUUAAUAUUGUGUAAAUAAAGAAAAGAAGUUGACAAAAAAAUUAAUUCAAUUGGUCAUAAUAUAGCAUAAUGAAUGAUUUAUAAGAAAUUUUUUGAGGGGGUAAUUUUUGCCCUGGAACACCACAAGUGUUAAAGGUUCUGAACACAACACAAGGGUUAAAAUAACCCUAGUUUUUGGUUAUACAGAUAAAUGUAAUAAAUCCUUAAUCUGUAAAGACUACGCUUAUUGCACUUCAGAAUAAUAACAAAACAUGCUCUUCUGUAAAAUAUUUAAAAUAAACAUGAUGAAAAGUAAACUUUUGUGCACAGACAAUUUUAUUUUGCUCCCAUUGAGAUAAAAUAAAUAAAUAAAUGCACCCCCAUUUGCACAUAACAUAAAACAUAUGCCAUAGCUCAAGACAAGAUCAAGAUCAAGACUGAAGUAAAUGGUCAUUUUGACUUCAUGCGGACUUUAAGCUUUAACUUUAAUAACUCCUGCAAUGUCUUCAGUUAACGUUAUAUAUUUUGAAUGAUCGAAGCAAGCAUGCAUUAUUAAUGUUUCUACCACUGUAAGACUUUGUUUUGCAUGUUACUGCAUGCAAACCGAUAAGUGUUAAAACAAACAAACGAAAAAUCCAAAUGUUACGGCUCGGGUGAUCUGUCAAUACAAUAAGUUAUACAACACCGUGAGACACGAUACAGACAGAUGUAUAUUUAACAACAACAAAAAAUGAUUAUUAGGACUGAGAAAUUACAACCUGCUUUACGUUGUCAGUUAUCACCAUGUCAUGCCUUUAAUGUUAAUAACACUUCUGUAUUUCUUUCUUGUUUAUAUGGUAUAUUCUAUACCGUUAAGCAUGAAAAGUAAAAUGACUAGACAAGCAGUAGUGAUUUUAGAACGCGUUGCAGCGGCUGCGCAAAUUUUGUGACAUAUUGACGCUCUUGAACACGCCUUCUCUCUUGAACUGAGGCGUAAGUACAGUCAGCUUUUUAGUGCAAAAUCGUCCACUGAUCAAAAGUAGUGGAGGAAAUCAGGAAACCCUGUUUGCCUAUGCAAAAUGAAGUUUAAUAUUUGUGCAGCCAAACCUGAAGACUGUAAAGAUAUAGCGCGCAUGAUUAUGGAAUUGGCCGUUUAUGAAAAGAUGCCCGACCAAGUGAAGAUAUCCUAUAAAGAGUUGGAGAAGGAUGGAUUUGGCCCCAAUCCUUUUUACCAGUGUCUUGUAGCGGAGGUACCUGAGGAGCACAAGUCUAAAGAUGGACAUACCAAGGUUGGCUAUGCUCUCUUCUUCUAUACAUACAGCACUUGGAAAGGGAGGACUGUGUAUAUGGAAGAUCUGUAUGUGAUGCCAGAGUACAGAGGUAAAGGCAUGGGAAAGGCUUUAAUGGCAACUGUUGCCAAAGUGGCUAAAGAGCAGCAUUGUGUGCGUUUACAGUUCUCUGUAUUAGACUGGAACAAGCCCUCCCUAGACUUUUAUUUGUCUAAAGGUGCAGAGGACCUUACAGCUAAAGAGGGAUGGCAUUUUCUCCGCUUUCAUGGAAUAGCUCUGGAUAAUCUAGCACAGGAAGCACCUUAAAGAACAUGACAUAAUGACAAGUAAUACUUCGUGAAUAGUUUAACUUUGUUUUAAUUCCAUAUCUUCAAUCUUAUAAAAGGUUUAAAAAUAUUGAAACAAGAACAAUAAAAGUGUCAAUAAUGAUAUUCUAAUUAAUGUUUCAGUUAAUGUUUAUUUUUGCACCAACAUUCAAUGCAAAGUUAUUUUGACAUCUUUAAAAUACAUUUUGCAAUAAACAUCUGGCUGUUUCAAA